AUGACACAAGACGACCGGGUGCGCUAUGCCGCUAUUAUAAAGGUUUUUCUACAUUUCGGGUGGAACUGGGUCGGAAUCCUGAUAGCGACCGACGGAAGCGGGGACGCUGAAUUACAAGAACUGAGUCGGACGAUGAGCAAACGCGGGAUCUGCAUGGAGUACGUCAUUAAAUUUACUGAUAACGACGAUAGCAAUCGGCGGAAGCUGGCAGUUAUAGGCAAGUCAACAGCCAAAGUUGUCCUGGUCAACCUGCACAACUAUGUGAGAAAAGUUCGUUUCACGGACCCUACUGGACAGGAGAUCUUCUUUAACGAGAGGGCAGAAGUUCCGUCCCGGAUUGACUUAGUGAACUGGAUGAUAGCAGAAGGCUAUGAACAUAAGUGGACACUGCUCACCAGCUUUAAUGCUAUGGAAGAUGUGGAUAAAGCACUUAACUUUAAAAGUGAUGAUGUUUUUUGGAAAGGGGGCACGAAGCCGGAAUCUCGCUGCAGUGACAGAUGUCCUCCCGGGCACAGAAAAGCUCCUACAGAACAGAUCCAUGUCUGCUGCUAUGACUGUGUCCCGUGUUCUGAGGGAGAGAUGUCCAAUGUGACAGACAGUGACAGCUGCUUCAGGUGUCCUGAUGAUGAGUGGCCCGAUGAGAAGAAGGUGCAAUGUAUCCCCAAAACAUACGAUUAUCUGUCCUACAAAAAUGAUGUUUUGGUUUUAAUUUUUUCGUCGACAUCUUUAGCGUUUGCAGCUGUGACUUUAUUUGUAUUUGGAAACUUUAUCUAUUACUGGGACUCUCCAGUAGUGAAAGCCAAUAACCGGACUGUGAGCAUCAUUCUCCUGGCCUCCAUCUUGCUGAGCUUCCUCUGUGUCUUCUUGUUCCUCGGACGUCCUGUGGAUAUAACCUGCAUGAUGAGGCAGAUGUCAUUUGGGGUCUUCUUCUCCAUCACUGUCUCUUGUGUUCUGGCCAAGACUGUCACAGUCUGCAUUGCCUUCAAAGCCACCAAACCUGGGAGCUACUGGAGGAAGUGGGUGGGAGAGAAGAUUUCUAAUUCUGUUGUCAUAAUCUGCUCCUCUGUCCAAGUUCUGAUUUGUGUUAUUUGGUUGUCAGUGUCUCCUCCCUACCAAGAGUAUGACAUGCACUCCUCUCCUGGGAAGAUCAUCAUUCGGUGUAAUGAAGGGUCAGUUAUCGGGUUCUACUCUGUGUUGGGUUAUAUGGGGCUUCUGGCAGCUGUGAGUUUUGUUCUGGCUUUCAUGGUGAGGACAUUACCGGACAGUUUUAAUGAGGCCAAGUACAUCACCUUCAGCAUGCUGGUGUUCUGCAGUGUCUGGAUUGCCAUGAUCCCGGCCUAUCUGAGCACCAGAGGGAAGUAUCUGGUGGCUGUGGAGAUAUUCGCCAUACUGGCCUCCAGUGCUGGAUUGUUGGGUUGUAUAUUUUCCCCUAAAUGUUAUAUUAUGCUUUUCAAACCUGAGCUAAACACAAAAAUAAAUAUUUAUAGAAAAUAA